CGGCCACGUCCGACGACCUGCGCCUCACACAGGCCGUCAACGCGGGCCUGCAGGCGGCACGGCAGCAGGGCCGCCUCGGCGGGCUGGUGCACCUCAGCGGGUGCGUGGUGUGCGGAUACGCCGCACUGAUGGCAGCUGACCUCUCUUCGCCUGCAGCGUGCAGGUCAUCGAGUCGGAGCCCGUGGGCAAGGACGUGCCGACCAAGGACUUUGACGACGCCAGCCUGGCCGACAUCCAGGGCAUCCCGGACAGUGCCGCACACCGCGAGAUCGACCUCGAGUGCGUGGCCACGCGUGGCCCUCCGCUGCAGCAGCGCUGACCACCGCUUCAGGAUCGCGCGCGCCUUCUCUGCCGGCAAGCUGCACGGCGCCAUCGUCUGUCCCGCCCUCGUCUGGGGCCAGGGCCGCGGGCCGGUGAGCCGCACGAGCGUGCAGCUGCCCGACAUGGUGCGCAAGGCGCUCUACAACGGCGCCGGCGUGUAUGCGGGUGAGGGCAGCAACGUCUGGGUCAACGUGCACGUCGACGAGUGCACGCAGGUCAUCGUGCAGCUCACCGAGAAGGCGCUCGCGGCGCCCAGCAAGCCGCCGCAGCUCUUCGAGACGUUCUACUUUGCCUCGCACCCGACGCUGCACAGCUUCAAGGACCUCGCCGUGGCCAUCGGCGCCGCGCUGCACGCCGAGCAGCUCGUCGCCUCGCCCGAGGCACGCAGCGUGCCGUGCCCCAAGUGGGACCCGUCGCAGAAGGGCGUGCGUGUCGAGGACGCAGCGCGCGGCGAGGCCGAGGCCGAGACGGAGCGCAGCACGCCCAUCUGGCCCUGCCGCACCAACACGCGCUGCCAGUCGAACCGCGCCAAGCAGGAGCUGCGCUGGGAGCCCAAGAUCGCGCUCGACGAGGCGGCCAUGCAGGAGGCGACGCGCCACUGCGUCGAGGAGUGGCGCAAGAGCGGCGAGCUCGAGGGCAUGCGGCACAAGUAGAGGCAAUAUGUACAAGAGAAAUGAAGAUUGAGAGG